AUGUGUGACAUCUGGGAGGAAUUCCGGUCGGCGCUCUGCAUAUCCGGGGGAAACCGCCGCACGCCCCCAACCCUCCCUCCCCCAGAUCUCGCCGGCGGCGGUGACGAAGGUGGUGGCCGCGGCGAGGGGGAGGACCGCCUCAGCGCGCUACCCGACGACGUCCUCCUCUUCAUCCUCAGCCACCUCCCGUCCGCCGCCGCCGCCGCGCGGACCAGCGUCCUCUCCCGCCGCUGGCGCCGCCUCUGGGCGCAGCUCCCGGUGCUGUUGUUCCCGCCGCCUGCCGAACCGGCCCUCGCGCUGCCCUCGCCCGCUACCGCCGCGCGGUCCAGGGUUCGCUCCCACCGCUGGCGCCGCCUCUUGACGCAUUUGCCAGCGCUGCGUUCCCCGCUCCCCGCCGAACCAGCCCGCGCGCUGCCCUCGCCUGCCUCCGCGCGCGCGGCGCUCGCCCAACACUCGCCCCCCUCGCUGUGGAUGCUGAGCGUCGUCGCCAACGACGCCGACCCUGCGGACACGGCCGCGGUACUCCGCCUCGCCGCGCCCCGCCUCACCAACGCGCUCUUUUUCCGCAACGAGGUACCUGAGGAUCGGAAGAAGGUCCUGGCAAGAGAAGCCAUUGAGCUGCCCUGCUUCGACGGGGCCGUACAGCUUUUCGUCCACUUAGGUUACCUUCACCUCGCACUUCCACCGUCGGGUGUGUUCACGAAGCUUACUGUGCUAGUUCUGAGCCACGGUUCCAAGGCGCCUUGGACAUCGGCGAUACCUUGUCGUCGGCCCGCUGCCCUUCGCUGCAACUACUCCAUCUCUUCGACGCUCAAGGGGUGUCGAAUCUUGGUAUCUGUUCAGAGUUUCUCGUCAAGGCAACCAGUGGCUGGCAUCACUGCUCCAGUGGCUGACAUCACUGCUCCGGUUCUGGAAAGGUUCGGGUGCCUUGAUGAAUAUGAUCCGAGGUGGGUCCAGCUGGGUGAGCUGGCGCAGCUACGGGUCCUGGCGACCUCCUUUGCAGGUGCAUGGUAUGGGUUGACUGAACAUCAGUACAAUUGGGGCAUUGUGAAGUUAUUGCAGCGCUUUAAGAAGAUCCCUGAUCUUCACAUUACGAUCUUCUAUCCAAUUGUGAGUAUAUGCCCGUUAUCAUGGAUUUCAAACUGUACUUAA